AUGAAGGAUGCUCGGCGCUCCAAAAGUGGUGAAAAUAUCCAAAAGAUGGUAUGCAACUUCUACGGCGCGUUUAGUUUGAAGCGCACGAAGGAUCACAAAUUUGUGGGAGCCGGUACGGCCGGAUGCGUCUUGGCUGGAAGGUUGUCCGAAGCAGGAAAUGUCCGCGUGCUGCUGAUUGAAGCCGGAGAAGAAGAAGAAAAUCACCGAGGAAAGAAAGGUCCUUGCAAGGUGACGGAGUUCGACGCGCAGCAAUCGAAAGUGGCGAAAGCGUUGAUGGAAAGCGCCCGGCGAAUGGGGGUAGACUGCGGAGAUUUGAACAACCUGAAGAUCGAGGGCGUCGCUGCCAGCCAAAAUAACAUUUACGAAGGGAGGAGAUGGUCGACUUUCCGCGGUUACCUGGAAUCUAUUGGAAAGAGACCCAACUUAGACGUGGUCACCGGCUUUUUGGCCACCAAAAUUCUGUUCCGAGGAAAGACCGCCGCGGGGGUCGAGAUUCUUUCCGUCGGCGAUGGAACUUCCCUCCGAGUCUUCGCUCGCCGGGAAAUCGUUCUGUGCGCCGGAGUUGUCGGUUCUCCCCAUCUUCUUCUACUCUCCGGCGUGGGUCCGGCCCGACAAUUACGAAAAUACAAAAUUUCGGUGGUCUCGGAUCUUCCCGACGUCGGUCAAAAUUUGCAAGACCAUUUAGCCGUUCCUCUUUACUUUCAUCUAGACUUACCAGUUUCUGUAAAUUUAGCUAAAGUCAAGUCUUUCUAUCAAAUAUGGAAUUAUAUCGUUCACGGAUCGGGUCUCCUGAGUAAUAGCGGAAUUGAGAUGACAGCUAGGAUGUUUCGGCCGGGAAGUAUCAAUAAUUCCAGCAGACCCGAAUUUUUCUUUCUGUUAUUCAAUGUCGGUUCGAUCGACAAAGAUAUCUUCGGACGGAUCAGCAAUAUGCGAGACGAUAUUUUCGACCAGUCGUUUCCGGAUUAUCGUAACGAAUCGAAAGAGGGGUUCGUCCUCUUAUCUUCCUGUCUCCAUCCUUCUUCCAAAGGUAGCGUCAGCUUGCAAUCGGCCAAUCCGACGGUUCCUCCUCUCAUCGAUCCUCGAUAUCUAUCGGAAGAGCGAGAUAUACGAUGUUCCGUACAAGCCAUGGAAACGGGGAUCAAAUUAGUUACUUCGGACGCAUUUCGAGAAAUGGGAGUUCGGCUUCAUCUUCCGAAGUUUUCAAACUGUUCCGGCAACGAAGCGCACAUCGGCGACAGAGAAUUUCUAAAAUGUUGGUUUCAAACUAAUGCCAUCACCGGAAACCAUCCGCUAGGCACGAACCGGAUGGGAGACGAUAAUCGCUCCGUGCUGGAUCCCUACUUAAGAGUUCGAGGAAUUAGGAACUUACGCGUAGUAGAUGCUUCUAGUAUUCCGGGACAGUUAUCCGGACCUCCCAAUGCCGUGGUCGUGGCCUUGGCCGAGAAAGCUGCGGAUAUUAUUAAAUCUUCCUUAAGGGUGGCUUCUCCGCCUAAUUAAUAGCUAUUUAUGUAGACCUAUUUAACGUACGAAAUUACUUAAAAUGUAGGCCUAUAUUAAAAUUCGACAAUCAUACGCGAUACACUAAAAUUCACUUUGUACUUCAAAAAUACAGUACACUGACCGACUCCAAAAAGGAAACUUGUCUAAUAAGAAAGUAAAACUUUG